AUGUACUUCCUCCAGCGCAUAAGUUCCGCAGCCCGGCCUGCAAUUCUAAAAUACUGUGCGAUUCCCACUGCCACUCCUCGCAUCAACAUCCGCAACAGCUCAGCCUCGUCCGCUGCUUCUGCUUCCAACCCUUCCGCUAGACGGUCUACCGCUUCCAUCACCACCAACACAGCUAUCCAGCCUACUAUGAGCGGACAUCUUGGUUCUGCUACCUCCCAGGCCAACCGCCAGACCUCCACACGAGCCGAAAUGUACACAACUUCGUUUGCCUUCUUCGAGGCCAUCUGGGAGGCCGGGAUCACCCAUUGCUUUGUUAACCUCGGCUCUGACCACCCAAGCAUUAUUGAGGCCAUGGUCAAGGGUCAAAGAGAAGCCAAGGGCAAGUUCCCACGUAUUAUUACCUGCCCCAACGAAAUGGUGGCCAUGUCUAUGGCAGACGGAUACGCUCGCUUGACGGGCAAGCCCCAAUGUGUUAUUGUUCACGUCGAUGUCGGUACCCAGGGUUUAGGAGCUGCUGUGCACAACGCUUCCACUGGCCGCGCUCCCGUUUUUAUUUUCGCUGGCCUCUCUCCCUUCACCAUUGAAGGCGAACACCGCGGUAGCCGAACUGAGUACAUCCACUGGAUGCAGGAUGUUCCUGACCAGAAGCAGAUUGUCUCGCAGUACUGCCGCUUCUCUGGCGAAAUCAAGACUGGAGCUAACGUCAAGCAGCUCGUCAACCGUGCUCUGCAGUUUGCCACCUCCGAUCCCCAGGGCCCUGUCUACCUGUGUGGCGCGCGUGAAGUGAUGGAAACCGAUAUUGAGCCGUACUCGCUGCGCCAAAGUGACUGGAAGCCAAUCGAGCUUGGUGGCCUGCCUCUCCACGCUGUUGAUGAGAUUGCUGAUGCUCUGGUGGGAGCCAAACGCCCUCUUAUCAUCAGUGGCUAUGGUGGCCGAAACCACAAGUUCCCCGGCGCUGUGGUCAAGUUAGCCAACAAAAUCAAGGGUCUGCAAGUCCUUGACUGUGGUGGUAGUGAUCUAUGCUUCCCUUCUGACCACCUGGCCUGGGCUGGUUUCACAUUUGGUGUUGACAAGGCCAUUGAGCUAGCUGAUGUCAUUGUCGUUGUAGACUGCGAUGUUCCCUGGAUCCCUACUCGCUGUAAGCCCAGCAAAGACGCCAAAAUCUUCCACAUUGACGUCGACCCGCUGAAGCAGCUGAUGCCCGUCUUCUACAUCGAGGCUGGUUCCCGAUUCCGUGCCGAUGCUACUACUUCCAUCAAUCAGAUCAACGACCGCCUUGACAGUGGUGAUAUUGCCGCCAAGCUCCAGACCCGCGAUGCCGCAGCCGGUGAAAAACGUAUCAAGGAAGAGUACGAUGCCCGUAUGGCUGCCAUUGACAAGGCUACCGAACCUUUGGCCGACGGCUCUUUCGGUACCGGCUACCUGAGCAAGACUCUCCGCAAGAUGUGCCCUGAUGAUACCCUGUGGGCUGUCGAAGCGGUCACUAAUACCCCUUUUGUACACAAUAACAUAAAGCCUACUAUUCCAGGUUCGUGGAUCAACUGUGGUGGUGGUGGUCUCGGCUGGUCUGGCGGUGCUGCUCUCGGUAUUAAGCUGGCCAGUGAUUUUGAGCACGGCGGCAGUGGAAAGGGAAAGUUUGUUGUUCAAAUCGUUGGCGAUGGCACAUACCUCUUCAGCGUUCCCGGCAGUGUGUACUGGAUCGCCAAUCGCUACAAGAUUCCCAUCCUCACCAUUGUCCUUAAUAAUGAUGGCUGGAACGCUCCUCGCCGUUCACUUCUGCUUGUCCACCCCGACGGCCUUGGCUCCAAGGCAACCAAUGAGGAAAUCAAUAUCUCGUUCAAUCCCACCCCUGAUUAUGCCGGUAUCGCUAAGGCUGCUGGUUGUGGCGAGAUCUUUGCUGGCCGUGCUGCCACGACUGCCGAAUUGGAUAGUGUUUUACAGGAAGCUAUUGAGAAGGUCAAGGGCGGCCAAUCUGCCGUUAUUGACGUCAAGGUUGCUCCGGAUUGUUAG